AUGGUCCGUGCACUCAGGAAGUAUCCCGCGGCACUUGCCAUUUAUUUUGGGUGUAUCGCGAUUUGUUAUCCAGUUUUAGCUCAAGAUGCACCAGAAAUACUGGACGUGUCGUCGCCCAAGGGCGAGGUCGGUAAGGAUGCGAACCUCAGCUGCAGCGCUGCGCCGGAGAAAGCGGAGAUUCAGUGGCUGUACAAAGGAGAGCCCAUCAAACUUGGCGAGAGGAUCAAAGUCGAAACGGAAGAGCGGCAACUUCAAAAAAAGGAUUUGGACGGCAACCCACAGAAGUACAAAAUGUCCAAUCUGACUAUAGCCAAUGCAACGUCAGAGGACGCCGGCAACUACUCAUGUAUCACGUCACUGGGCGAGGCGAAGAUCGAGAGGGUAUUGAUACUGGACAUGAGCUUCCCAGGCAGGCUGGUGAGGAACACGCCCGGCCCCAUCAAACAGAAUGCCACGGACCAGGCCAAUGUAACAAUGCAGUGUGUUUUCGAAGUUUACAAGGCGGGCGAUGUGAAGUGGUGGAAACGGGCGAAGGAGGACGACGCGAUCGAGCUGCAAUCGGGCCCCGGCACGCGGCUCGGUUUGGAGAGGUCAACC